GACAAGAACACAGUCACGUGACUCGCUGGCCAUCGGUCCAAAAUGGCUGAAUCGAGCGUGUCUCCCGAAGACUCUUGGAGUAGAAGUGACCCAGCGUACAGUGACAAUGGCUUUGAUCCAGUGUUCCUUGCAGGUAGAACCAGGGAUGGAAGUAUAGUGUCCAGGGCUAACAGUAUGGGAUCCACUAGUACCUCUUCUGUACCAAACACAGCUGAUUACGUGACAGACAAUGAUUAUUCCCAAAAUGCAGAUGAUGAAGAUAGCGAUGACCGUCAUGAAACCGUCAAGGAUACUUACAAGGAUCGGCGGCGACAAGCCCACACGCAGGCUGAGCAGAAAAGGAGAGAUGCAAUCAAGAAAGGUUAUGAUGAUCUACAAGCAAUAGUUCCUACUUGUCAGCAGCAGGAUUUUGCCAUUGGAUUUCAGAAAAUGAGCAAAGCCACAAUUCUUCAAAAGACAAUCGAUUACAUUCAGUUUUUACAUAAAGAAAAGAAGAAACAGGAGGAAGAGCUGUCCACUCUUCGAAAAGAUGUCAUGGCUCUGAAGAUCAUGAAAGCGAAUUAUGAGCAGAUAGUGAAGGCUCAUCAAAACAACCCACAGCAGGGCAUGGACCAGGUCUCAGAUGAGGUUAAGUUUAAUGUUUUCCAGAGCAUCAUGGAUUCUUUGUUUCAGUCAUUUAAUGCUUCUAUCUCUGUAGCAAGCUUUCAGGAGCUUUCCGCUUGUGUCUUCAGCUGGAUCGAGGAGCACUGCAAACCAAAGACACUGCGAGAGAUUGUGAUUGGUGUACUACGUCAGUUAAAUAAUCAGCUGUAUUGAUCAUAUCUCAGAAGAAGAGGAGGGCUCCUCAGUCUUGAAGAACUGGUCUGCCUUCUGACUAAAAUUCUCUUACGCAUCUGAAAGAGCUUUACCUUGGAUUGCAGACCUAGAAGGAAGUGUCACCAUACUGCAUCAUCCAAAAUGACUUGAGAUCUGGAAGCAAUUCUGCAUUGCAGCACCUGUUUGAACUGAUGCUUUUAAGUGUCCUUUCAGAAAGACAUUUUAAUAGUGCUGUGAAAAUAUUUAUCGGAGAUUUUCUCCACCCAACAUACACACACAAAUUUUAUUUGGCAGGUUUAUACAGUACUGUUCCCAGCAAUCUCCCAAUGUUAAUAUUAGUCUUUGAAUUGUGAUGGUUCUUAUUUUUUAAGGCUUCAGGGAGUAAUCCUUAUAAUUUAAAAGGAACAGUGUUAAAUUUUUUACAGAAAUAUUUGAAAAAAUUUUGCAUUAUAUUUUAUUGUAGAUGAGGCUCCCAAUGCAGCUUCUGCAAGUCUUAGCAGAGUAAUUGAGCAAUGAUGCCAAAAGGUUUUUUACUGAACUGAUUUCUGUAUUAUGAUGAUUUUCCUGCAAGUCAAAUGAAUUCGUAACAUUUCAUAUCAAUACAGUACAUAAAGGAAAGAACUAAUAGCCCUAAGAAGCACACUUUGGAGUGACUGCUGGCAGCUUGAGUGACUACUUUCAUAAUUUUCUGCACAUUUUUAAAGCAAUUUACUCGGGUAUACUAACUGAUGGCGUACUGCAUUGCUGUUUAGUUCAAAAGUAGCCCUGGAAACGAUCUGUAACAAAAAUGAGCUCUGCAUUUUGCAUGUAUUUUUAAUUCUCCUAAAAUGGAAUUGUUUUAGGUGGUUUAUUAGAUGCAUCUCCUUUAAGUCUGCAGUUAUAUGUUUAAGAGCACAUCUGUGAUAAUUAUGAAGACUGCUGUUUGCUUUAAGUAUAACAGUUCCUGAUGAUUUUUAAAACAUAAAUUGCCUCCAUAUCGGAGGCUUAUUUUUUUUUUUUUUUGCUUUGUACUGAAUUUUAGUAAAUUUUGGACACUUUCUAUGACUUUGCUUUUUAUAUAGAUGUCUUGAAUGAAUUGUUUGAAUUUGGAUUUGCUGUCCAUGAUGUGUAUUAUUAUUCCUUUUUUCCCUUUAUGCAGUGUGUUAGCAAAGACAUUUAAAUCAAUGGUCAGAGUAGCAAAGCAGCUGGUGUACUGUUUGAAAUCAAGUGAUUAAUUAUUGUCUUCUUUUAUGUACUUUGAGUCAUCUCGUGAAAUGUGGAAUACAGAACAGCUUUGUCUUAUAUGUGACCUUUUUAGCCACAGACCAUUUUUGACCUGUAACCUCAAGUAACUUCACACCAGGUUUAGAAUACCUCGUCAUGUUGGUUAUUUGGUGUCAGAGCAGGUGAGGUAGGGAGUUGUAUAGCAUUGCUGCUUGAAGUCCAUUGUAGUGUCUUGUACUUUUUGGAGGCGGAGAAGCUGUAGCAUGACUUAGAUCUCAUUGUAAAGCUUGCUGAUAAACAAAACUGAGAAUUUGACCCUUUAAAGUUAGGAAGCAUAUUCCACGUGGAAAUGCAGUAGCCGUACUUAUUAAGACUUGCCUUUUUUUUUUUUUUUUUUUUUUUUAGGGGUGGGGUUAUCACACACACAAAAAAAAUGAAGUGAAAUACAUAGCAGUAGGGCCAGAAACCUUCUAAGGCUUAAGAUUAGGGAUGUACAAGAAAUAUUGGAAGCAUUUUACAUUGUUCACUUCAGCUGAUAGGUUUAUUGGGCUUUGGCUACGUAUUUUCUUGUAUUAAUCCCAUUGCUGGAAAAUGGCAAACUUUGUAGACAAUGGCAAUCUGUCUGCAAGCAAUAAAUCUGAUCUGUUCCAGAAAUAGCCUUC